UUGCUCGGCGCACCCAGUUCGGUGGGGGAAAAGGAAACCGAAACUCAGCCUCUUUGCCGAGGUGGCUGAGCCAUGGAUGCCGAGAGCCCCAGCAAGAAGCUCCAGGAGGAGACCACUUGCUCCGUUUGCCUGGAUUUUUUCACGGAGCCGGUGACCCUGGACUGCGGCCAUCAUUUCUGCCGGACCUGCAUCGUGCCGUGUAGGCAUGCACUGCCCGAUGUCUGUCCUCAGUGCGGGGAGCUGGUGACAGAGCGGAGCUGGAAGCCCAACAGGCAGCUGGAAAGAUUCGCGGAGAUAGCCAAGCGGUUCAGCGACCAGGAGAAAGCGGAGGCAGGAGCGGGGGGAGUCUGCGAGGAGCACCGGGAGCCCCUGAAGCUCUUCUGCGAGGACGACGGAGUGCCCAUCUGCGUGGUGUGCGACAGAUCCAGGGAGCACCGCGAUCAUGCAGUGGUGCCCGUAGAGGAGGCGGCCCAAGGGUACAAGGAGAGAUUUUGUAACUACCUUGAAGUUCUGAGGAAGGAGAAAGAGAAAAUUCUGGCCUGUGCAGCAAACACAGAACAGGAAAGUCAAGAACUGCUUAAAGUAACCAAAUCAGAAAGGGAAAAAACCCUGAUCGAAUUCAGAAAACUCCAUGAAUUUCUGGAAGAGCAAGAGACACUCAUGCUAGCCCAGGUGGAAGAGGUGGAGGAGGAGCUUGCAAGAGAAAGGCAUGAACUUCUGGCCAGACUCUCUGUGGAACUCUCCUCUCUUGAAAAUAUCAUUCAAGAGAUGGAGGAGAAGUGUCAGCAGCCUGUAAGCAACUUCCUGAAGGAUGUUCGAAGCUCCUUGAAGAGAUAUGAGGAGAAGGAGAAGUUUGAGAAUCCAGUGGCUUUCCCUCCUGAGUUGAAGAGGAGGAUCUGGGACAUCUGUGACCUAAACCCUUUUCUAGAAGGUGUCGUAAAGCAGUUCCAAGUCACUCUGGUAUCUGGACUUCAGCAACAAGAAGCAAAUGUGACUCUGGAUCCAGACACAGCCCAUCCGCACCUUGCCCUAUCUGAGGAUUACAAAAGCAUCAGCAGGGGUGACAAAUACCAAGACCUGCCUGACAAUCCUGAGAGAUUUGACAAACAUUGCAUGGUGCUAGGAUGUGAAAAAUUCUCAACAGGCAGGCAUUGCUGGGAAGUGACUGUUGGGAGUGAGGAUGGCUGGGCUGUGGGGGUGGCUAAGACAUCUGUGAAAAGAAAGGGCAAGUUCAAUGCUAGUCCUGAGGCAGGGAUCUGGGCUUUGAGGACAUGGAAAAGUACAUACAAAGCAUUAGUCCCUUCUCUUUCAUCUCAUCUUCCUCUCAGCAGGGAACUUAGGAGAAUUCAAGUCUCUCUGAACUGUACUGGGAGGCAGGUGGCCUUUUUCGAUGCUGACACAGCAACCCCUCUCUUCACAUUCUCAGAAAUCUCCUCUGGAGAGACCCUUCAGCCCUUCUUUUGGGUGUAUGAUAAAGGCUGCCUCACCAUCUCUCCUCAAGGCAGUCAGCCUCACUCACAGGCCCUUGCUGAUGUUAGUCUCCAAACCAAAGUAACUAAUCUAAAAACAAAAUGUAAUGAGCAAGUAUCACCUUUAACAGGUCUGUAAAAGCCCCUCCAGGCUUUGAGUCACAGUCACCCAAACUUACCAAAAUCAAGUCACCUUUUCCUCUCUUAACAUUAACAACCAAACACAAAUUUCUAAGAAAAUGUCCAAUUGGCCACCUGGCCUCCAGCUUUCAUGAUUUACAAGCCUGUUCUCCAUUUCCUCACCUCAUAUCUUCUCCAGUUGAGGAGAUGCAGGCACUCAAAAUUAUUUAUUGUUGCUGUUCAGGGAAGUUGAUGUGAUGUUCCAGACAAAAUCUCAGAUCCAGGAGAACAAUUUGCCCCAUAGCAAAAGGAGGAAUCUGGUAUGCAUGCCCAGUGAAGGAAGGGAAACCUAAAGGAUAGGGCAGAUAUUUCAAAAUGAGGAGUCAAGAUGGUCUAUAGUUCGUAGUGAAAGAGACCCAAUCAUUCAUUUUUGGGGAGAAACUCAGUCCUGCAAGGAAAUGUGGUGGUGGAGACCUGAGAAAGAGGCUUGAGGUGAUUGGAUGGACAGCUCCAGUUCAACGUAGGUGGAGAUUAUGACUUCCAUCGAGGGAAACACUCUCUCCGUAGAAAGAAAACCUACACAGCAAACAAAGGAGGCAGAAUUUUCUCUUCUUGCUGUACUCGUUUUCCAUUGGAAAAUGGAAGGCUUUUUCAAAACUUUUCCCCUCAUAGCUGAAAUCCACCACCUCAGAAUCUAAAGGUAUACCACCAUUUUACCUGCUUGGAAUUUUGCUACCUCAUUACAUGCAUCAUUCUUUCCUGCAUGUCAGUUGGUCUUUUUUUUUCCUCCUGUUCAACAUGUAUAAAGAUAU